ACGGGCGGGCGGGCGGGAGGGCGGUUUGCGGUUUGAAUGGCUGCGGGCCCGCUCCCUCGGUUCACCUGAGAAGCCGCUGGCCGGGGCCUCCGCUAUGCCGUCGGGAGGCGAUCAGUCACCGCCGCCGCCUCCUCCACCUCCUCCUCCGGUGGCAGCCGCCUCGGAGGAGGAGGAAGAGGACGACGACGCCAACGGCGAGGCGGAGGACAGCGGGCAGCCCAGCCGCUCGCCGGCCCCUCAGCUCCAGCAGCGGUUCGACGAGCUGUGCAGCCGCCUCAACAUGGACGAGACGGCGCGGGCCGAGGCCUGGGACAGCUACCGGGCCAUGCGCGAGAGCUACACGCUGGAGGGAAAUGAUCUUCAUUGGUUAGCAUGUGCCUUAUAUGUGGCUUGCAGAAAAUCUGUUCCAACUGUAAGCAAAGGAACAGUUGAAGGAAACUACGUAUCUUUGACUAGAAUCCUUCGGUGUUCAGAGCAGAGCUUAAUUGAAUUUUUUAACAAAAUGAAGAAGUGGGAAGAUAUGGCAGAUCUACCCUCACAUUUCAGAGAGCGCACUGAAAGAUUAGAAAGAAACUUCACUGUUUCUGCUGUCAUUUUUAAAAAGUAUGAGCCAAUUUUUCAAGAUAUUUUUAAAUAUCCUCAAGAAGAACAGCCUCGUCAACAAAGAGGAAGAAAACAAAGGCGACAGCCCUGCACCGUGACUGAAGUUUUUCAUUUUUGUUGGGUACUUUUUAUAUAUGCAAAAGGUAAUUUUCCUUUAAUUAGUGAUGAUUUGGUCAAUUCUUAUCAUCUUCUGCUCUGUGCUUUGGACUUAGUUUAUGGAAAUGCCCUUCAGUGUUCCAAUCGAAAAGAACUUGUAAAUCCUAAUUUUAAAGGCUUUUCUGAAGAUUUUCAUCCUAAGGAUUCAAAACUUUCCUCUGACCCACCUUGUGUCAUUGAGAAGCUCUGUUCUUUACAUCAUGGCCUAGUUUUAGAAGCAAAGGGAAUAAAGGAGCAUUUUUGGAAACCUUAUAUUAGGAAACUUUAUGAGAAAAAGCUCCUUAAGGGAAAAGAAGAAAAUCUUACUGGAUUUUUAGAACCUGGAAACUUUGGAGAGAGUUUUAAAGCCAUCAGUAAGGCCUAUGAAGAGUAUGUGUUAUCUGUUGGGAAUUUAGAUGAACGGAUAUUUCUUGGAGAGGAUGCUGAGGAGGAAAUUGGUACUCUUUCAAGGUGUCUGACUACUGGUUCAGGAACAGAGACUGCUGAAAGGGUGCAAAUGAAAAGCAUUUUGCAACAGCACUUUGACAAAUCUAAAGCACUUAGAGUCUCCACACCACUUACUGGUGUGAGGUACAUUAAAGAUAACAGCCCAUGUGCGAUCCCAGUUCCUACAGCUACACAUAGUUUGAGUCGCCUUCACACCAUGCUGGCAGGCCUUAAGAAUGCACCAAGUGAGAAACUGGAACAGAUUCUAAGGACAUGUUCUAGAAAUCCAACCCAGGCUAUUACUAAAAGACUGAAAGAAAUGUAUGAAAUAUAUUCUCAGAAUUUCCAACCAGAUGAGGAUUUUAGCAAUUGUGCUAAUGAAAUUUCCAGCAGGCAUUUUCAUUUUGCAGAGAUGCUUUACUACAAAGUACUAGAAUCUAUUCUUGAUCAGGAACAAAAAAGAGUUGGAGACAUGGAUUUAUCUAGCAUUCUAGAACUAGAUGCAUUCCACAGAUCACUCUUGGCCUGCUGUCUUGAAGUUGUCACUUUUUCUUAUGGAAUAAGAAAUUUUCCAUUUAUUACCGAAAUAUUUGAGGUGCCACUUUAUCAUUUUUACAAGGUGAUAGAAGUAUUCAUUAGAGCAGAAGAUGGCCUUUGUAGAGAGGUGGUAAAACACCUAAAUCAAAUUGAAGAACAGAUCCUGGACCAUUUGGCUUGGAAACCAGAAUCUCCACUGUGGGACAGAAUCAGAGACAAUGAAAAUAGAGUGCCUACAUGUGAAGAGGUCAUGCCACCUCAGAAUCUAGAAAGAGCAGAUGAAAUUUGUAUUUCUGGCUCUCCUUUGACUCCAAGAAGAGUGAAUGACAUCCGUGCCGAUUCUGGAGGACUUGGAAGAUGCAUAACAUCUUCAACCACAGUAUAUGAUAGAUAUAGUUGCCCAACAGUGAGCUCUACCAGAAGACGGCUGUUCGCUGACAAUGAUAGUCCCUCUGAUGGAGGGACAACUGGGCACAUUCCCCCCCAGCCUCUAGUGAAUGCUGUCCCUGUGCAGAAUGUAUCUGGAGAAGCGGUUUCUGUCACACCAGUUCCUGGACAGACUUUGGUUACUAUGGCAACAGCCACUGUCACAGCCAACAAUGGACAAACAGUGACCAUUCCUGUACAAGGUAUUGCCAAUGAAAAUGGAGGGAUAACAUUCUUUCCAGUACAAGUCAAUGUCGGAGGACAGGCACAAGCUGUGACUGGCUCUAUCCAACCCCUCAGUGCUCAGGCCCUGACUGGAAGUUUAAGUUCUCAACAGGUAGCUGGAACAACCUUGCAAGUUCCUGGUCAGGUGACUAUUCAACAGAUUUCUCCAGGUGGACAACAGCAGAAACAAGGCUCACCUUUAACCAGCAGUCAUAUUAGACCCAGGAAGACCAAUUCCUUAUCACUUUUCUUCAGAAAGGUUUACCACUUAGCUGGUGUCCGGCUUCGGGACCUUUGUGUUAAAUUGGAAAUUUCUGAUGAACUGAGGAAAAAAAUCUGGACCUGCUUUGAAUUCUCCAUAAUUCAGUGUCCUGAACUUAUGAUGGAUAGACAUCUGGACCAGUUGUUAAUAUGUGCCAUUCAUGUGAUGGCAAAGGUGACAAAAGAAGAGAAAUCCUUCCAUAAUAUCAUGCGUUGUUAUAGGACUCAACCACAGGCCCAGAGCCAGGUCUAUAGAAGUGUUCUGAUAAGAGGGAAAAGGAAAAGAAAUUCUGGCAGCAGUGAUAGUAGAAGCCCUGAGAGUUCUCCAGCAGAACUAAACAAAGACAGAACCAAUAGAGACUCCAGUCCUGUCAUGAGAUCCAGCAGCACCUUGCCAGUUCCACAGCCCAGCAGUGCCCCUUCUACACCAACUCACCUCACAGGUGCUAACAGUGAUGUGGAGGAAGAGGAAAGGGGUGAUGUCAUUCAGUUUUACAACAACAUCUACUUAAAACAAGUUCAGGCAUUUGCCCUGAAGUACUCACAGGCAAAUGGAAUGGAUACUCCUCCACUUUCUCCUUAUCCAUUUAUAAGAACAGGUUCUCCUCGCCGAAUACAGUUGUCUCAAAAUCAUUCAGUCUACGUUUCUCCACAUAAUAAUGAAACAAUGCUUUCUCCUCGAGAAAAGAUUUUCUACUAUUUUAGCAACAGUCCUUCAAAGAGAUUGAGAGAAAUUAACAGUAUGAUACAGACAGGAGAAACUCCAACCAAAAAGAGAGGGAUUCAUUUGGAAGAUGGAAGUGAAUCCCCUGCAAAACGAAUUUGCCCAGAAAAUCAUUCUGCCUUAUUACGCCGUCUCCAAGAUGUAGCUAAUGACCGAGGUUCCCAUUGAGGUUAGUCUGUUGUACUGAAACUCAUUUUGUACUGUUUAGCAGCAUAAUUUAAUGCAUGCUAAAUAAUGGGGCUUUCCCCCUUAAUCCUUCUAAUGUUCUUAGGAUAUUUUAUUCUUCCACUUGUCUUUUUCCCCUAUCGUUUAGCACUUUCCAUAAAGAAUUCUUUUAACUUUUUGCUUUUUUGGGGCCACUCCAGGCAUUGCUCAGGAGUUAUUCCUGGCUGGCCAAUCAGGAAUCACUCCUGGUAGUAUGUAAAGGACCAUAUGGGGUGCCAGGGACCGAACCCAGGUUUGCCACAGAGUGUUCUAUCCACUGUACUAUCAUGACUCUGGCCCCAUUUUAACCUUUUGGCAAAACGUUUUAUAUGUACUGCCAAGAAAGUAUGCUCAAAUAUGUGUUUCUGAUGAUAUACUCCAGUACAGAAAUUGUAUUUCAGUUCAUUGCUAUCUGGUUUUCUGGUGAGCUCUGGUGCUCAUGAAAAGAAAAAUAAAACUAGGUAUUUUUAUCCUCAAACAUUGGAUAGGAAUGUAAGACUGAAGAUGCAUUUCUGAAACGAGAAAGCUCAGAUACAGAAUCCUAGGGUCUGAAUACAAAUUUCUCAUUCCCUUUGUGUAAUUCUUUCCUUCCCCCAUUAGAUGUGGUAUAAUGUGACAAGUGCUUGGUUGUAAGUGUGCAAUGUAUGUAUGUAUGUGAACUUGUAUAAGAGGCACUUUAGCGCUAGCAUAAGCAUGAUUUUGUAACCCAGAUUUUGCUGUAUGUUUGCGAUGGCACUUUCAACAAUGUGAACUUUAUUAUGUACAAAAAU